AUGCGCAUUACAACUUUGACAGCUCUCGCUAUUGCCCUUUUGGGGAAUAGUGCCACCGUUGGCGCAACAGAUGGGGGCCCAGUUAUUCAACGUCGCAUGUAUAACGGCGGCUACGGAGGCGGCUACGGUAAUUGCCCAGGUGGCUCUUGUCCACCACGUGGUGGCUACGGAGGAGGCUACGGAGGAGGCUAUGCAGGCUAUGGAGGCGGCUACGGAGGCGGCUACGGUAAUUGCCCAGGCGGUUCUUGUCCACCACGCGGUGGCUACGGUGGCUACAGCGCGAGCGGUUAUGGCGGCGGUGGCGGUUAUGACGACGGCGGCUAUGGACAUAGCCCGAGCUACGGAGGUGGCGGAGGCGGUUACGACGACGGCAGCUAUGAACAUAGCCCGAGCUAUGCAGGUGGCGGGGGCGGUUACGACGACGGCAGCCAUGGACAUAGCACGAGCUAUGGAGGCGGCGGUGGCGGCGGUGGCCAUCGUACGCCAGAGGUUGAAAGCACUAGUGAGCGCCGAACCGAAUCGAGCAGCAGCCGGUGGCCUCCAGGUACCAGGUCUGAAGACUAUCCAGACCCCCCAAUCUCCCCGUAUCUUAACCAACGCGUCCGCGAAUGCGUUUGGUUUUGGUUCGAAUAUGCACAGCCGACAACGAAGUCAUCGGGCGGAUGGUUCAGGAGUGGUAAGAAAAAGCCUACGGGGCCAAAGCAAUGGAUCAUGAGAGAAGCUGGAGAAAUGUACAGCGGCCAUACGAUAAGGAUGAACGUUGGGCUCAAGGGCGAAAUACCGGUAACCAGCGAUGAGGGUUGUGACAUGUCGGGAGAUUUCCCCACAGGCUGGACGGUCGUGGGCAGGAGACGGAAGGGUUAUUAA